UUAAAAAAGGAACAAGAACACGCACAUUUUGGAUCAAAAAGAGAAAGAAAAAGAAAUCACCAUGGCGAGCACCGAGGAUAAACCGGCCAACAAGGAGAACGCGUCCAGCUGGAAGGACUCGUUCUACAACCCGAGGACCGGGGAGGUGAUGGGUCGCACCGCCAGCAGCUGGGCCCUCAUCCUGCUGUUCUACUUUGUCUUCUACUGUUUCCUGGCUGGCAUGUUUGCCCUGACCAUGUGGGUGAUGCUGCUCACUCUGGAUGACAAUGUGCCAAAGUACAGAGACCGUGUUCCCACUCCAGGGCUGGUGAUCCGUCCACAUUCAUUGGACAUCACAUUCAACAAAUCUGACCCGCUGAAGUACUCGCAGUAUGUCCAACACCUGGAAUCUUUCCUGCAAAGUUAUAACGAUACGGAGCAGGAGAAGAACGAGGACUGCCCUCCAGGAGACUAUUUCAUGCAGGACAACAGCGAGGAACAGGUGAAGAAAACUUGUCGCUUCAAGAGGAGCCUCCUGAGUUUCUGCUCUGGCCUCUAUGACGUCAACUUCGGAUACUCUGAGGGAAAACCUUGCGUGCUCCUGAAAAUGAACAGGAUUAUUGGCCUGAUGCCCCGUGGGGAUCCCUAUAUCAACUGCACAGUAAAAAGAGACAACCCAGUCCAGAUGCAGUAUUUCCCCAGUGAGGGGCGUUUUGAUAAGAUGUAUUUCCCCUACUACGGCAAAAAAGCCCAUGAGAAUUACGUUCAGCCCCUGGUGGCUGUGAAGCUGCAUCUCAGCAAGGAGGACUACAACAAGGAGCUGCCAGUGGAGUGCAGGGUAGAGGGCUCUGACCUCCGCAACAACGACGAAAGGGAUAAGUUCCUGGGUCGCGUCACCUUCAGGAUCAAGGUGCUCGAGUAAAAGAGUAAAUGGGGGAAAAAAAGCGGCUGGAACAAGAUGCAACGGCUGCCCACAUUCCCUAAGGAUUUAUAUUUAAAAAUUUAAAAAGAGGAAAGAAGUGUCAAAUCUGUCACAAAGACAGCAUUUGGGAUUUGGCCAAACAGUUUAAUGCAGAUUAGUUUGGCUUCCAGUAGGACAGCCAGAUAGAUGUUGAAUGUUGCUUUUGAUGAUAAUUUUUGACCUUUCUUUCCUUCAACGUUCCUUGCUGACCUCCUCAAAGAUCCCAACAGACCGAGACACAGGCUCUGCUCCUGAUCUGCAGCAGAGUGCACCAGCUAGGCAGGAAAAAGGAGGUCUGAACUUGUACACUGGUGUUACACAGUAUUAGGUGACCCAUUAGACUUUGUUACCUGCAGGGUUAGGGUGAGUUAGGGUGGAAGGAGUAGCUACUCAGAUCCUUAACUUAAGUAAAAGUAGCCUAUCAAUGCCAUAGUGUAAAAACAUUACAAGUAAAAAAUAAAUAAAUCAUACUUAAGUGAAAGUAUAGAAGUAUUACCAGCUAAAUUUACUUAAAGGAAAAGUACUACAUUUGCAGAAAAUUGGGCUGUGACUGAUAUCAAA